CGUCCUCUCCUUUUUGUUUUUUCUUCUUUGCGUUCUGUCUCUCUCCCCUCUUCAAUUUCAUCCGGUCCUCUCCUUUUUAUUUUCUUUUCUCUGCGUUCUGUCUCUCUCCACUCAAUUCCAUCUUAUUCUCAUCGACGGAUCGGCCUUAGUAGUCAGUAACUCACCAUCUCACCAGUCACUACUCAGCCGUUCAGGUUGUGGCUGCCUAGCAAUUUUUUGGGAUUUUGAGAAUUGAAAAAAUUGGAGAAAAAGCUGUGAGCAAACUCAGAGUCUUAUCUCACUCAUCUGAGUCUUUGAUCUUCAAGGAAUCAGGGCAAGUGCGUGCAAUACUAUAAGUCACGAAACAUGGACCCAAGACUUUGAAAAAUCAAACCACUCGAGACGAAACAUGCAUGGACCCAAGACUUUGAAAAAUCAAACCACUCGAGACUUUGAAAAAUCAAACCACAAAAAUGGUACCUAAACUCUUAUUCUUUUCCACGAACUUUAACGUCAUCUUAGCUCAAGAAUAUGACUAUAUUAGUCUCAUGCCUCUCAGAAUCAUCCCCCACUUCUUAGUAUUCUAAAUAUAUAUCGUUGUGAAUCAAAUCAUUCAAAUGGCAAGUUCUUUAGUAUGUUUGACAUCUCUUUCCCUCGUCUUCAUUUUCAUCUCCAUCCCUCUCCCGUACUCCACAGCUAUCUCCUCCUGCAAUGGCGCAUGCAAAACCUUGAACGACUGUGCUGGCCAACUCAUCUGUAUCAACCAAAAAUGCAACGAUGACCCCGAUGUUGGGACUCACAUAUGCGGCGGCGGUGGGGGAGGAGGCUCAUCACCUUCUCCUAGCCCCAACAAUUGCAGACCCUUUGGAACACUGGUUUGCAAGGGCAAGUCGUACCCUAAAUACUCGUGCUCUCCCCCUGUAACAUCGUCCACCAAAGCCUUACUUACACUCAAUGAUUUCAGCGAAGGCGGUGAUGGGGGCGGGCCAUCAGAAUGUGACGAACAAUAUCAUCCAAACAGUGAGCAGGUUGUGGCUCUUUCCACUGGGUGGUUUGAUAAUAAAUCGAGGUGCGGGAAGUUAAUAAGAAUUCAGGCAAGUAAUGGGAAGACUACGACUGCGAAAGUGGUGGAUGAAUGUGAUUCGCGUAAUGGAUGUGAUAAAGAGCAUGCAGGGCAGCCGACGUGUGGAAACAAUAUCGUGGAUGGAUCUGCAUCUGUGUGGAACGCUUUGGGACUCGAUCAGAAUCAAGGUAAGGUGUCGGUGACUUGGUCCAUGGCAUGAUUUGGCAGCAGCUACUAUAGUAGCAUAUGCACUCGAGCUGACUAAAUACAUAAAAUAAGGACCAUAUAUAUGAUUAAUCCAAGAACGAUUAAUUGGAUAUCAUGUAAGGUUUAGUUUUGCCGUACUGUUGAUGUUUGUGUUUGUUAUGUGUGCCGAGCUUAUGUUACUUGAAUAAAAAAUUUAAAAUAUGAUCUUAGCGUGAGUUUGUGGCACUUUUUGGAA